AUGACCACAAAGCCCGCGCGCAUAGGGCCUCCUCGGCCGAAGGCCCCAAUUGGCCGUUUGGCCACCCUCAAGUCCCCCGCGACUGCUAUCAAUCGUCCUCAGUCAAUUGGACGUACCCAUCCUCCACGACCGAAAACACAUCCAAAGACAACGAACUGUCCAAAUCCAGGAUGUCCUGCUCCGCAUAUUGUCGAAGAAGAUGGACAGAAGCUGUGUACCGGGUGUGGUACCGUCAUUGCCGAAACCAACAUCGUGUCAGAAGUGACAUUCGGUGAAUCUUCCUCUGGGGCGGCUGUUGUUCAAGGCACUUUCGUCGGAGAAGGUCAAAGUCAUACCCGAAGCUUUGGUCCGGGCUUCCAACGAGGCGGUGGCAUGGAAAGUCGAGAGUUAACAGAAGCAAACGGUAAUACAUACAUCUCUCAGCUUGCGCGACCAUUGAACAUCCCGGAGAGUGCUACCAAGGCUGCGGGUCAGGUGUUCAAGCUUGCUGUCGGACUUAAUUUCAUUCAAGGUCGUCGGACCAAGACCGUGGCAGCAGUCUGCCUUUACAUUGCUUGUCGUAGGACAACCGGUAAUACAGUGAUGCUGAUUGAUUUUGCCGAUAUUUUGAUGGUCAAUGUUUUCAAGCUUGGUCGAACCUACAAAGCCCUUAUUGAUGAGCUUCGACUGGGCGGCACCACCUUUUUGGUCAACCCAAUUGACCCAGAAAGCUUGAUCUAUCGAUUCGCCAAGGCAAUGGAGUUCGGCCCUGCUAAUAUGCGGGUUGCUGGUGAGGCUGUACGCAUUAUUCAACGGAUGAACCGUGACUGGUUGUCUACGGGUCGACGGCCAGCAGGUACUUGCGCCGCAGCUCUGCUCUUAGCAGCACGCAUGAACAAUUUCAGACGAACAGCUCGUGAGACCGUCUAUAUAGUCAAAGUGACCGAGAUCACCAUCAAUCAGCGCUUGCACGAAUUCAGCAUGACAGAGAGCGGAGAUCUCACUGUAGAUCAAUUUCGUUCUGUGCAACUUGAGAACUCGCACGAUCCCCCUGCAUUCACUCGAGCGAGGGAGGGUCACAAAUCCAGUCGCUUUACAAAGAAGCCUGCAGGAGCAAUAACCGAAAAUGAUGACAAUUCAGCGAGUGCGGCAGGCUCAGCUCAGCCUAGGCGCGUUGAUGCAGAUGGUUUUGCAAUUCCAGACCUUCCGAUUGAUCCUGCCUUAACGGAUUCCACUUCUCGACGAGCAUCUUAUAGCAAAGCAGCGGAAGAAGUCCUUGAGGAAAGCAAGUCAGAAAUGGCCAAAUCCAAGGGGAUGGAUAAAAGCAACGACCCACGUCGACCUGCUCUUCUCGCCAAUCCCACGCCAGAAGAAAUCGCAUCCGAAGACGCAUUAGUGGACGAGAUACAAAAAAUGAUGAAAAGGGGGUCUAAAAUGGUAGAAAGUCUUCCAGAGUCAAAGAGCAUUGUACCUGACGCCGUUGAUAUUGGCGAUCACGAAUUUGAUGACGACCCGGAAGUUGCGAACUGCCUUCUCACCCCAGCGGAAAUCGACCUCAAAGAGGCCAUCUGGGUCACUGAGAACAAGGACUACCUUCGCGAACAGCAAGAAAAGAUGCUCAAACGCGCGUAUGCCGAGGCCACGGGUGGUGGCACAACUCGCAAACCUCGGAAGCGCCGAAAGACCCGUAUGGGCGAUGUCACCUAUCUUGAGGGUGAAGACGGUGAGCAUGGCUCUCGUGCGUCGACCCCGGCUGAGGCCACACGACGGAUGCUGGAAGUGCGCGGAUACAGUAAAAAGAUCAAUUACUCUCUGCUUGAGAACCUUUACAGUGGUGAGAAGGAAGGCGAUGCUGCGCAAACUAAGCAGGAAACUCUGAGCCGAAGUCGCAGCCGCAGUCGCAGUCGCAGUGUGAGCGUAGUAUCCCGCCAAAGCCUUCCACCUGCAGCCACACCUGGUCGGCGACGACGAAAGGCCGCUACCCCUGCUCCAGCGUCGCCUCCUGAGCGUCCUCCUGGGCCUGCUUCCGUGUCUGCUGACCCUGUAUCGGUCCCUAAGUCUGCUCCUACUCCUGCCUCUGAAUCCGCUCCUCAUCCCACUCCUCCUCCUACAGCACCGGAGGCUACACAGAAAGACACCGGUCCCGAAAAUGAGCUUGCAAGCGACCAGAAGGAUCCCGAUGAUGUGGAGGAGAAUGACGAUGAUUAUUACGUUGAUGAUCACGUUGAUGAGGCAUUCGCAGGAGCGUAUGGGGAUGAUUACUACGACGUCAGCGAUUCAGACUAG